CCUCCCCCGGGACCCCCCGCGGCCGCUCCCCGGACCCCCUCAUGCGGCCCAGUUGCCUCCAUCAUUCCUUGUCUCUCCAAGCCUCAGUUUCCCCGCCUUAGGAAGGGCCUGGGCGAGGGAGCCCUGCAGGAAUGGGGCCUCUCUCCGACCCCCUGUCGGGGUAGCGGGUUCCGAGAGGCGAGGGCGGGGGAAAGCCCCGGACUUGGGGUCUCCCCUGGCGCCGGGCGGUGAGGGGAGUCCCGGGGUGGGGUCAGUUGGGUUGACCUGGCUCCUUUCCCCGGCCUCAAGACCACCCGGUCCUUUGGGGAGAGUGUUGAGGGACAGUUUUGGAGUUGGGAGGCCGGCAGGGGCCUGCGGUGACGCUGACCUAGCCUUGCAGGAAUGUCCUUUGUGUUGUCCAGGAUGGCCGGCUGCGGGAGCAGCUGCAAGAGCAAAGUGACGGUGCCCAAGCGGCUGUGGGAGUUCGUGAGCCGGGACAGCCCGGCCCGGCUGGCCCGGCUGCGGGAGGAGUUCCGCGUGUCCAUCCUCAUCGACGGCGAGACCUCGGACAUCUACGUGCUGCAGAUCGCCCCCCAGGCCGCCCCGCCUCCCCCCAGCGGCCUCCACCUGGCCCGCAAGGCCCUCAAAGCCCUGCUCAAGGAGGCCGAGAAGGAGCUGCGCAAGGCGGAGCGGCUGGGGGAGCCGGCCCGCUGCCUGGUCCUGGCCGGGCCGCCCCCCGGGCCCGCCCCUGCCCCCCGCGGCCCCGCCGGCCCCGCCCCCCCCGAGGAGCCGGACGACACCUGCCCCAUCUGCCUGGGCGAGAUCCAGAACGCCAAGACGCUGGAGAAGUGCGGACACUCGUUCUGCGAGGGCUGCAUCGCCCGCGCGCUGCAGGUCAAGCAGGCCUGUCCCAUGUGCGGCCGCUUCUACGGCCGCCUCGUGGGCAACCAGCCCCUCAACGGCCGCAUGCUGGUCUCCCGCGACUCCAGCCUGCUGCUGCCCAGCUACGAGAAGUUUGGCACCAUCGUCAUCCAGUAUGUCUUCCCACCCGGCGUCCAGGGGGCCGAGCACCCAAACCCAGGCGUCCGGUACCCUGGCACCACACGGGUGGCCUACCUUCCCGACUGCCCCGAGGGCAACCGCGUCCUGAGCCUCUUCCGGAAAGCGUUCGACCAGCGGCUCACGUUCACCGUGGGCACCUCCAUGACCACCGGCCGGCCCAAUGUCAUCACCUGGAACGACAUCCACCACAAGACCAGCUGUACCGGCGGCCCCCAGCUGUUUGGGUAUCCCGAUCCCACCUACCUGAGCCGAGUGCAGGAGGAGCUGCGAGCUAAGGGCAUCACAGACGAUUAAGUGACCCCGACCCUGAGUCCCCCACCCCGACCUGCCUGCCCAGCCCCCUGUUUCCCAGGACCUGCCUGGAUGGGGGGGGCCUACCCAGCUCCCCAUGUCAAGUGAGCUGUGACCCCCACCCACAUACAGACACACACACCAAUUCCGGGUGAGGCCCGGCAUAGUCCAGGACUCAGCCCUCCGUCCAGCUGGCCUCUGGACAGUGACCCGCCCCUCGCCCCCUGGCCCCUGGCCCUACCACUAGCUGCUCUAGAAGAGACCUGGGAGAGGUUUCGUGCCCCCAUCCUGGUUCUCAUUCCCACUCACUGCCCCCCUCACCCCCACGCCCUUUGGCUCCGCCGUUUCUAUGUCUCUGCCCCCUUCGUCUCCACGUCUCUUUGCCUCUCAGUCUCUGCCCUCAUCUUCCCCCCACCCCCAAGCCCUCGUAGCUUUUGAUUUAAUAAAAAGAAAAUGAAGAAAGUCUGACGGA